AUGGAUUCCAAUAAAUACAUCGAGCAUCUCCUAACUCAACUCGAGGAGCAACAUAGAAGUCUCUGGAGGGAGAAGUUGGCUGUGGCCCGACUGCAGCGGGAAGUUGCUGAAAGGACCAGUGAGGGGGCCAUGCAUGAGAAGCUGAUGCAUGAGUUGGAAGAGGAGAGACACUUACGUCUUCAGAGUGAGAAGCGGUUGAGGGAGGUGACCCUAGAGUCUGAACGCAACCGAAUUCAGAUGCGUGGCCUGCAGCAGCAGUUCUCCAGGAUGGAAGAAACAGUACGAAAUCUAUUGCAGAGUCAAGGACCUCCUGAACAGAGAAAAGAAGAAACUGUUAAUAUAAUGGUCUAUCAGGAAAAAUUGUCAGAAGAAGAGAAAAAACAUACAGAAGUUUUGGAAGAUCUUCACAUGGUGGUAGAUGAGGAUUCAAGGAGUGAAAGCAGCAGUACAGAUGAGGCAAAAGAAGAGACUAAAUUGCUGUUAGAAAGAUUGAAAGCUCUGGAGGCGGAGAAUUCAGCAUUGGCUUUGGAAAAUGAAAACCAGAGGGAGCAGUAUGAGAGAUGUCUUGAUGAGGUAGCCAACCAAGUUGUUCAAGCCCUGCUCACUCAAAAGGAUCUGAGGGAGGAAUGUGUAAAGUUGAAAACAAGAGUGUUUGAUUUGGAACAACAGAAUCGAACGUUGAGCAUCCUGUUCCAGCAGCGAGUCAGACCAACUUCUGAUCUGCUCCAGAAACUUCAUUCACGCAUCUUAGACCUUUCAUCUGGAGAUUUGCUUUCAGAGGUGGAAAGAAGCCAGAGUCUGACGCAGUCACAAACUGAUGUUGAGCUACAUGAACGCCAACUGAAUGCAAAAUCAGGAACCCCUGCCUUGAAAUGCCCCGGCUUGGGAGUUAUUGUCCCUGGUCAUCUUUGUCCUCGAAACAGCUGUAGCAGUAGUGAACUGUCUCUUUCAAGCACUUGCAGUGAGUACUCCAGCGGCUCCUCGUAUACGUGGCAUGAUGGCAAGAACCUCAGGAAAAGGCAGUCAUCACAAAACUGGGACAAAAGGCUAAGUAUUGAUUCUUCGCUCCCAAGUGGUUUUGCUAGUCCCACAGAUGAACUACCUCCAACUCGUAUCAAGGAAAGCCACAUUUUGGAAGGGCUAAAAAGGCUACAAAAGCGAAAAGUAUUACUUGAACCUCCAUCAGUGAUAACCAAAUGGGGUUAUAAAGAUUGCAUGAACUCAAAUGAAGGCAUAUAUUCUCCAGGAAUUAAGAGUAGCAGCCUCAAGGAGUAUCCUCCCUGCAAACCAAGUGAUAUGGGGUCCUCCUGCAAGGAGCCCCGCAAAUUGUUUGUUUAUGAUACGGAUUCCCACGACGAUGCUGACGAUGACUCUUCUUCCCUAGCGUUGUUCCGUGCAGUUCCAAACCAGGGCUGCAGGCUGCUUGGCCAUAAAUUAACCCACAGCAUUUCUGAUAGUCUUUUCAGUUGGGAGCCAAAUGAAAAACACUUUCCAAAAGGCACAUCCUCAGUUUAUCUCAGAGAAAACCCUGAAAAACUGGCUAGUUAUGUCAACAACUGCCCCUUGGAGAGGAAGCUGUGCCCAGGUGUGCAGGCACCUCAGAUCCAGAGGGAGAGGGAUCCGCACAACCAAGGCCAUGGCCACAUGACCCUCAAUCUCCAGCUGUCAGACACUGAUGACAAUGAAACCCUCGAUGAGUUGCACAUAGAAAGCAGUGACGACAAAAGCCCUUCUGACCUGUCGUUAACCGCUGACACCGACAAGUCCAUAGAGAACCUGGACCUCCUUGUGGGCUUUGGAAAGUCUCAGCUUGGGUCUCCCGAAAAGGAGGAGAAACAAGUACCCAUCCACUUAGAGACUAGGCCAAAGACAUUUAGUUUCAUUAAGCAGCAAAGGGUUGUGAAAAGGACUUCUUCAGAAGAAUGUGUCACUGUAAUAUUUGAUGCAGAAGAUGGCGAACCCAUUGAAUUCAGCUCUCAUCAGUCUGGUGUUGUCACUGUUACCAGAAAUGAAAUUUCCAUCAACUCAGCCCCUACUGGACCCAAGGCAGAACACACUGAACUUUUACCUCAGGGAAUUGCUUGUCUACAGCCAGGAGCUGUUGCAAGAGACUAUACUUUCUUAAAGAGAUCUGAAGAGGAAAUUGAGAAAAACAUUCCAAAAGAUAAUGUAGAUAAUGUUCCCAUGGCACCCACUGAAUCGUUCAGCCCCAGGACAGCAAUACAAAAUACACAGCAACAUAAGCUGGCCAAACCAACAUAUAAUACGUCAUGCCAGAGUAACUCAAAGCCUUUGGCAUCCAUGGGUAUCCAUCAAAAGCAAAGCUUGACAAAAAUACCUGCCAGGGGCAAGUCUUCACCUCAGAAAUCAAAAAUAAUGGACCCUGAAGUCUCCACACUGGUCCCCUCAUCCAGCCUGGUGACUCUUGAAAAAUCACCAACCUUAGCUCCUGGGAAACUCUCACGGUUCAUAAAGACUGAGAGCCCAGGGCCCCUGUUUGAUUUACAACCAGAUUCACACAUUCCAAAACACUCCACCCAACUUCCUCAUGGCUCCAGAAUGUCCAGCAGGAGGGAAUGGGCCCAGUGCUCCAAGAGUCAGACUCCAGGACCAUGGUCAAGGCCCCUUAUUGAGCCCAGCGACAGUGGGGAACCCCCCACUAGGGACAAGCAUCGUAACUCUGGGUCAGAGGCAAGGGUCAAAUCCCCUUCUCCCCCACCUCCUCCAGGCAGGUCAGUCUCCCUCCUGAUCAGGCCCAGUUAUGACUAUUCUCCACCACCUUCAUCUACCAAGCCUGAAACCAGGGUUCCCAGUGAAGCAGUAAGGACAGUAUUCAAAUCUCCUCUGCUGAAAGGAACCUCUGCUCCUGUUAUUUCUUCUAAUCAGACCACAACAGAAGUGCUGAAGAAGAAACCUGCUGUGGCCUUGAAAAAGUCUGUCUACACUCACCCUCUGCCCUCCACCGAAACAGUGGUUCAAACCAGAUGCCCCACUCAUGCCCCUUCCAGCACAUUUGCUGUGAUGGCCAUGGGACCGCCAAAGGUAUCUCCAAAGAGAGGUGUCCCCAAAACCUCUCCUCACCAAAUGCAUGGGACCACACACACAGACACAGGGUUACGCACUCCCAAGAACUGCCUUUCAACUUCUGAGUCUCUGGAAAUACCGUCCUCUAAAAGUGUGUCCCCAGGAAGAAAAGGACAAUUGAAUGGCAGUGUCCCCGUGUCCCCCAAGCCUUCAAUCUUAGGGGUAAAUGAGUCACUAUCUUCUCAGGUUAACAAUCCCUCAUCAUCAUCUUCCUCCUCCAGAAGCCAUAGCAUCUCACAUGGUUGUCAAAGCACUCACGAGAAAGGACUGAAAACUCGCCUCCCAGUAGGACUCAAAGUUCUCAUGAAGUCUCCCCAGUUACUCAGGAAAAGUCCCACUGUGCCAGGGAAACAUGAAAAAGACAGUUUAAAUGAAGCCUCUAAAAGUUCUGUUGCUGUGAGCAAGUCUAAGCCCGAGGACUGCAGAAAUCCAGCAAGCCUCGAGCCCACAGUGGGAGAAAGAAAUGUGACUGCACCAGGUUCACAAGUGCAGGACACUUCUGCCGAAGGGCUGCCCCUUGAAAUAGCACUGCCAGAGUCAUCGGAAAACAGCAUCCCUGGGGCUGAUGGGAGAGAUGGGGUAGACAACAGAUCUGUGAAACGAUCCCUUUCAUCCAGUAAGCCACACCUAAAACCAGCUCUAGGCAUGAAUGGUGCCAAAGCCCGCAGUCAGAGCUUCAGUAUUCACUCAGGAGAUAAGCCCUCCACACCUCCCAUGGAAGGACCAGGCAAAGUCCGAACUCAGAUUAUUACCAACACUGCUGAGAGGGGCAAUUCUCUUACCCGGCAGAACUCCUCUACGGAAGGCUCUCCUACCAAGACCCCUUCAGCCCCUGUGUCUGAGAGUCUCCCCAGUGCUGGGAGGCUCCUGGGGCACCUCUCCUCUAGGCAUGACUCCCUGGGGAGCACAGGCAGCUCUAGCAGUCAGCAUGAGAGCCCAAGCAAGUUGCCUUUGAGGAGCCUUCUAAAAUCCGAAGGGCUCAUCACCCCACCUGGAAUGGAAGACCUGCAGGCCUUUGCCCAGGGAGGGUGCCCCAGUGUGCCUGUAUCUGCAGAACCAGACAGUGAUCACUGCAGGCACCCACCCACCCAAACAGACCACUCUCAAACCCUGCAGAGCCCAGGGAGGACACAGCAUCCAAACAAUUUUGAAACAAGCAGGACGUCUAAGCUAGAAACUUCUGGAAGGCAUCCAGAUUCCUCUACAACUGGAGCUGGCACUGUGAGCCCAGAAGCCCCCCUCUCACCCACAAUCGAAGAAAAGGUCAUGUUGUGCAUUCAGGAAAAUGUGGAAAAGGGCCAAGUGCAAACAAAGUCCACCUCUGUAGAAGCAAAGCAUAAGCCUGGGCCUUCUUUUGCCAGCUGGUUUGGUUUUCGGAAGAGUAGACUUCCAGCUCUCAGUAGUAGGAAAAUGGAUGUCUCCAAAACCAAAGUGGAAAAGAAAGAUGCAAAAGUCUUGGCGUUUGGAAACAAACAACUAAAAUCAGAGCGGAAAAAAGAGAAAAAGAAACCUGAACCACAGUAUGAGACAGAAAAUGAACUUAACAGACACACCAAGUCAACAGAUAAUCCAGACAGUGAUUCUCAAAACAAAAAUAACCUGAAAGACCUUUACCACCAAACAAAGUCUGAACCGAGAAACAGAUCCAGCCCUGUUACAUGUUCAACAAAAGAUACCUUUAUGACCGAACUUUUGAGCAGAGUUGAUAAGAAAGCAGCUCAACAGACAGAGAGUGGAUCAAAUCAUGUUUCCUGCAGGAAUGUGUUAAAGGGCAGUUCCCAGGGUUCCUGUCUCACCAGCAGCUCUAUCAGCACUCAAGGAAACCACAAGAAAAACAUCAAAACCAAAGCAGAUAUGGAAAUACCGAAAGACUCCCUGGUAAAAGAGGCAAAUGAAAUCUCACAAGAGGAUGAAGAAGAUACAGUUGCAGAUGCUGCAUUUCAGAGCCAUAUCAUAGAGUCAAACUGUCAGAUGAGAACAUUGGACAGUGGGAUCGGAACCUUCCCACUCCCAGACUCAGGAAAUCGCUCAAUGGGACGGUACCUGUGCCAACCAGACUCUCCAGAGGACACUGAGCCCAUGCUAUGUCUCCAGCCAGUCCUUUCUGAAGCUUCUUCCAUCAGAGCCCAAACCCUUGAACGAGAAGUGCCUUCCUCCACAGACAGCCAGCACUCUGCAGAUAACGCCAUGGUUCAUUCCACAUCCGAUCCACUCAUGUCUGCAAGAGGGAUGCGGCCUCUUCCAAGUCGUCUUCCCAAACCAGCGUCCUCAGGAAAGAUCAGCUCCCAAAAGCAGGUUGAAGAAGGGCCACGGCCUCAGACUGGCUCAUCAUUCAGGUGUAUGGAGGACACAGCAGCCAGCAAGACGCUGCCACAGCCUCAGACUUGCUCAUCGUUCAGGUGUACGGAGGACACAGCAGCCAGCAAGACGCUGCCAGCCUGGGGGGGUGAUGACAGUGCUGCAGAAACUCAGAAAUUGAAACAAGUCAAAGAAACAAAAGAAGAUUCUGAGAAUAGAUUAUCUAAAAUUUCCCUGGAGUCGUUCAAUAAAUUUAACAGCAAUACUGUGAUUUUAUUAGAAAAAGAGAAGAACUCUCUGAACAAGGUUGAAGGACAAAAGGAGGAAAAAGAAAAAAAUGAAGAGGCAUCUUUGAGUAGCUCAGACAGACCUGGGGUAGACAAUUUGGAAUCUUUGAGUGACUCGUUAUAUGAUAGUUUCUCUUCCUGUGCAAGUCAAGGUUCAAAUGAUGUAUAAAGGAUUUGCUUUUCCCCUUAGUGAGCUGGGAACGGAACACUUUAAAAAUGAGGGGGAAUGGUGCUGGGAGCAGGGUGAGCGAUGACAACAAUAAACUAUUGCAACACUAGAGCCUACAUUGUCAAAUUCACAGCAGGCAACCCACCAGAGCUUACUUCUCUGACAGGGCAAUAAAGAUUGACUCCAUUUGUUGUGUUUCAAGAGAAUUAAAAGUAAACACACCCACAAUUUUGCACUUUUUUUUAAUACUUGUACAGAAGUUGUAAAUUUUUUGAAAGAGAAAUUAUAUUUGUAACAAAAAAACACAGCAAUAAAUUGAAUCAGUACUAUGCUCUUGAAUUGAUGUACUAAGUCUUAGAAGUUGAUAUUAAUAUAUUUUUUUAAAACAUUGCAACUAAAGCUUUCUUUAAGUUCAUUGUCCUAGUCUUCAAAUUAUUUGUGGGUAUACUCCGUAAGCCUAAAACAGAGCCUGCUGUAAAACUAGAGGGAUCAUAAUAAUCGCUGUCUCGCAAUCUCAACUUGAUAAUAAUUUUAAUUUUAGUGCAAUUUCCAAAUUGUUGCCAGAGAGAUUCAGGUUGUAGUAAUAAGUGUAAUUCUGCUUCUAGGGAGAAAUGAAAAAGGUAUUGAAGUGCUGGAUACUGACUGAAGGGUGAUGCUGUUUCAAAAGCAACCUAAUUCUAUUUCCAACAGCAGAAUUUCCUUCCAAACAUUUCCUUUAUAUCCUUUUUAUUCAGUGCUUCUCUAUGAUUCUGCAUAUUAUGUGUUGAUUUUUAUCUUCCCGCUCUUUUUAUUAAAACCUGGCCACUCUAGAAAUGAAAGCAAAUUUCUAUUUGCUAUGCUCACUUUUAAAAACAUAAAAUGGUUGGUGCUAUGAAAAAUUCUUACUUUUUAAUACCCCUUUUUUCCUACAAAGAUUGUUUAUAUGUAAGGAUAAAUUCUAUUUUAAAGUUUAUGUGUAUUUUUUCUAGAUGUUAACUAUUUAUAAUUGCUUUUGUACAGGAGCUUGUAAACUAGGCAUAAUAGAAAUAUUUUUAGGAUUCUAUAUGGUUACUUUAGUACACAUUUGUUUCUUUAAAGAGUAUUGUAUGAUCAGUGUUACUUGGUUAAUUUGUGCAAUUUGUUAUGUUUGGAUUUUGUUAUCUUAAAAUGAAAAUUAUGUAAAAUGUCCCUGUCUUUCAUA